UCAAGUCUAAUCUUCCUUUUAACAUAAUAUUUACAGGUUAUAAUGACUGGCGAGAAUUCUGUGGCUUACCAAAACUGGAAACUCAAACUGACCUGAAUACAGUAAUAACCAAUCACAAUGUCACUGAAAAAAUCAUGGAAUUGUACCAUAAUCCUAGCAAUAUUGAUGUUUGGCUUGGUGGUCUCGUAGAAGACUUUCUUCCAGGGGCUAGAACCGGUCCCCUGUUUGCGUGUAUAAUUGGAAAGCAAAUGAAAGCACUAAGGGAUGGUGAUCGAUUUUGGUGGGAAAAUGAUAAUGUUUUCACAGAAGCUCAAAAGCAUGAACUCAAAAAACACUCGUUGUCCCGCGUGAUUUGUGACAAUACAGGGAUUUCUGAAGUUCCAGCAGACGCCUUUCAACUUGGAAAAUUUCCACAGGAUUUUAAGCAUUGUAACAAUAUACCUGGGAUUAAUUUAGAAGCUUGGCAAGAAUUCUAUCAGGAAGAAGAAAUAUGUGGAACACCAAAGAGUGUGGCAAAUGGUGAUUUUGUAUACUGUUCAGAACUAGGAAAAUCUACAGUGACUUAUUCAUGUCAAUAUGGAUUUCAAUUACAAGGAGAAGAGCAAUUAACCUGCACAAGUAAAGGAUGGAACUUUGAGGCUCCCGUUUGUAUAG